AUGGACACUCCAAUCCGUCGCGUUAUCGCAAGCCACGAUGCUCAGGGAAAGGCGUAUUUUGCUUCCGACGAAAUUUUGACGCCAUACGAUCCCACAACUGCUCCGGCAUUCUCAACACCGGGGCCUGACUCUGGAUUCGGGGUUAUCCAAAUCCACCGGUCGCGGGGCUUUCCAGUGGACAAUAUGCGCGAGCUCUCUGAUCCUCACAGAACUCUCGUCCCAUUGGCUGACACCAAGGGUCCUUCCUGUCGCAUAAUUGAUCUACCCCCGGCAGACGCAGGCUGGUUCCAUCGGACACUGAGCUUGGAUUACGCUGUGGUGUUAUCUGGCACCGUCGGAUUUAUCACAGAUGGAGGAGAAGAGAAGACCCUAAAUCAACACGAUGUCAUUGUCUGCCGCGGCGCAAACCACGAAUGGGUGAAUCGAGGUAAGGAUGUUGCUCGGGUCUUUGUGGUGGUUAUCCCUAGCAAGGAGAUUGUGACGGAAGAUGGGAAGAGAUUGGAGAAGACACCUGCGGGUGACAUUUAUGAUCCCAAGGAAGAGGAAGAUUGA